AUGGAGACACCCACGCACGCGCCCCGGUCGCUUCUGCGCCCGUCCUUGACGCCGACCAAGCUUCUGAGCCCGCGCAUGUUGCCCAGCUUCCAGCGCUUCCUCGACACAUCCAGUCCCGUCUGGAGUCCGAAGCUCAACCCGUUCUUAAACCCACUCGAGCCCACGUGCAAGUCGUUUGCAGGCGAGCGCUGUGCCCGCCUCGGCUGCACGCGCUUUGCGAAAAUCUCGCAGCUCUGCCUCCAACACGUCCGCGAGAUUAUGACGCCGAGAACGCUCUCGCGCGCGCAAUCGCCAACCGCGUCCGAGAAGGCCAAGCACGUUAACCGCCGCUGCAAGCACGAGGCCUGCGAAAAGUACGCGCUCGCGGGUGGCUACUGCAUUGGUCACGGCGGCGGCAAGCGUUGCCAAGAAGCCAACUGUCAUACGAUCGCGCAAAGCGGCGGCUACUGCAAGUUCCAUGGCGGUGGCACCCGCUGCCGCGAAGACGGCUGCACGCGCAUCGCGAAACGCAAGGGC